AUGCGGGCGGCCGGCGGCAUCCAAAGCCCGCAACCGGGGAACGGGCCUCAGUCCGGGGCGGGUCCCCACCAAGCACGCCGGCUCACCAGGAAAGCCCUCCAGUGGGAACAGGCGCCACCCCUUUUCCCACUAAACGUGCGUCCCGACACGCGCACACACUGCUCACACUGGCCCUCCGUGCUGACCACGGGAACUCUGCAGUCUUCGCUCAGGACCUCUGAAAAGGUUAGCAGGGAAAGGCAGGGCCUGGCUCGGCCGAGCCCACAGCUCCUCAGGCCUCCGGUGUGGGUCCGGAGCCCCGGCCGGCAGGCUCUGACAAAGCCUGGCGGGGCCAGAGAGAGACCUGCCGGCUCCAGGACAUGGGGGACCGUCCUCCCCAGAGGCCAGGCCGGACCAGCUCCCCACGCCCGGGCGCUGCCCCCUUCACGGGGGCUGGCGGGCUCCCCGUCCCGGUUCUGCACCACAGAGGCCUCCGUGGCCACAGCACUCUCCGAAAAGCCAUCACCAAGGACGAAUUCUCUGAUGCUCCACGCACACCUAAGGUGCACACCUAGGGUGGCCGGGGUGAAGGAUGCUUGCUUGAGGGCUCACUCAGGCGCAGCCGGAAGAGACCCGUCCUACCAAAGCCUGCUGCCAAAUUCUAGAAACACCAGCGGCCUGCGGACAGAGGCGGCCACAGGUCCCGCCGGGACGGCGCCCCGCACCCAAGCCUACCGCACCGACUCUGCGCGCUGA